CCCUCCUCAGUGCAUUGGUAAUAUGUCCUCAAGGAAGGUUAACCUACCAGACAGGGAGACUUAUUUGAUGCAAAUCUGAAGCCAGCAACCUUUGGGAAGACUAAACAAGUGCAAGAUCAUGGCUGACUUUGAUGCAGUUCUGAUGUACUGGGGUCCAGUGGAGGCAGACCACAAGACCUUCGGGAGCCUGGUUUUGACCCGUUUAUUCACAGAGCACCCAGAGACCCAGAAGCUGUUCCCCAGGUUUGCCAGCAUCCCUCAGGGUGAGCUGGCCAGUAAUGCAGAGGUUUCUGAACAUGGUGCCACUGUGCUAAAGAAACUGGGUGAACUAGUGAAGGCCAAAGGCAGCCAUGCUGCCAUUCUCAAACCUCUGGCCAACAGCCAUGCCACCACACACAAGAUCCCAAUUAAUAACUUCAAGCUGAUCUCUGAGAUUCUUGUUCAAGUCAUGGCAGAAAAGGCUGGACUCCAUGCUGCUGGACAACAGGCCCUGAGGAAUGUGAUGGACAAGAUCAUUGCUGACCUUGAGGCUGACUACAAAGAGCUGGGCUUCACAGGCUGAGCCUGACAUCUUACUAGCCAUACAGAGCUCAACACAUGGAAAUGUACACAUGCAAGUGAUUUAUAGGAAAUUUGAAAGUCUCAUCUGUAUGUUGUAUGCUUCAGCUCAAGAAUAUUCAAAGUUGCUUGCAUUGCAAUAUU